GACAAAUCAAUCACGUGAACUUGAACUUAUUUAUGAGUAUCUCUUCCGUCUUUACUGUUAUUAAUGCUCAAGUAUGGAGCUCUUUGGGACGCUGGUUCUGGCCUCGAUCGUCUUGGGUCUGCUGUUCUUCUUAUUUAGAAGAGACUCGUCUCGCUACAGCAAGAUGCCGCCCGGACCGACCCCACUGCCUUUUAUCGGUAACGUGCUUCAGCUGGACUCCAGUGCUAUCCACGAGAGUAUUAUGAAGCUGAAAGAGACGUAUGGAACUGUGAUGACGGUGCACCUGGGCACGCAGCGUAUUGUGGCUCUUGUCGGGUUCGAUGCGGUUCACGAAGCGCUAGUGCAACAGGCCGACGCGUUUGCUGGGAGAGCGGUGUCACCACUGAUUAUGAAGCUCACUGGUGACUUUGGUUUGAUACAAAGCAACGGAGAGCGCUGGAAACAAAUGCGCCGCUUCUCUUUGUCCACCAUGCGAGAUUUUGGAAUGGGAAAGCGCAGCAUCGAGAAGUGGAUCCAAGAAGAAGCUAAGCACCUCACUGAAGAGUUCAGAAAAACCAAAGGCUCUCCAUGUAAUCCCACUGUCUUUUUGAGUCGGGCCGUAUCCAAUGUCAUCUGCUCCAUUGUGUUUGGUCAGCGUUUUGAUUACCAAGAUAAAAAUUUUCUCAACCUGCUGUCUCUGAUGGAUACAAAUUUACAUUUGCUAACCAGUCCCAUUGGAAUGCUGUAUAACAUGUUUCCAGUAUUCACUAAAUUAAUUCCUGGAACCUUCAACAAGGUGGUAAAGAACAUGAAUGAAAUAAAGCAAUUUAUUUCAGCAAUGAUUCAUCAACACAAAGCAGCACUGCUUAACGACAGCCCACGGGAUUUUAUAGACAGCUUCCUCAUCAAAAUGAAACAGGAAAGUGAUAACCCAGCAACCGAGUUCAACCUUGAAAACUUAAUCAUCACAGUUAUGGAUCUCUUUACGGCGGGGACAGAGACCACCAGCACUACUCUCCAAUAUGGACUGCUGCUUCUUAUGAAAUAUCCUCACAUCCAGGAAAAGGUCCAGAAGGAGAUUGAUGCAGUGAUCGGACGAGGCCGUGCCCCUGCCAUGGAGGACCGGAGAAAGAUGUCCUACACUGAUGCUGUACUCCAUGAAACCCAGAGGUUCAUCGAUCUUGUCCCCUUAAAUGCUUUUCAUUGGACAACAAAGGACACUGUAUUUAGGGGAUACACAAUACCAGCUGGUACAGUGGUGUCUCCUGUGCUUCACUCGGUGUUGUUUGACAAGACAAAGUGGGCAACCCCUUACACCUUCAAUCCUGGUCACUUUUUGGAUGAAAACGGCUGCUUCAAAAUGAACCCAGCUUUUAUGCCCUUUUCUGCAGGGAAGCGCGUUUGUGCAGGUGAGGGUCUGGCCAAGAUGGAGCUCUUCUUGUUUUUCUCCACCCUCCUACAGAACUUCUCAUUCCAACCAACAGAGGAGCCUGACAAAAUCAGUCUGACACCAAAUUCCAAGUCGUUUUUUAAACUUCCCGUGCCAUAUACAUUUUUUGCCAUCCCAAGAUAGCAAGACAGGGAUAUUUGAACACAGAGGUACUUUAAUUAAACAGCAGAUUAAACAAGCAAGAAGCAGAUACUCAAUAUUAAAGAAAAUCCUUGAUUUUAACCUCUUUUUAAUUAUUUGAUCAGCUUCUUCAACCACAUUCUUUUGGCACUUAUGUUUCUUUAUAUUUUAAUUUCGUUUUUUAAAAUAUUGGUGCUCACUUUUUUAAUGUACUGUAAAAAGAGUGAGAGUAAGUUUUCAUAAGUAGCAAAAAAUAAGAGGUUUUGCAGUUUGGAUUAUCAUCUCUUCGUCUCUCUGCUUAUUUCCAAUUAAAAGACAAUCCUUAAACCUACCUUUGUCAGGCUGGAUUCUGUAGAGCAACACUAGUGGGCCACACACUUGCCUCACAUGCAGCAGCUUUGAUUCUUGUUGGAAUCUGAAAAUUUCAGCAUGUCUUGCUACAAAAGUCUUUGAGUUUUAUAGCGCCUAUAGGUGAGAAACAUUAGUAUUCAGUAAAUUCAGAAUCAGCAUUCAUGAGUUUCCAAUUAUCUAGGUUUAAUUGUCAGACUGGUGAUUUGGAGUGUGGAUUUUUUAAGUUCUGUUCUUGUCUGUACUGGUUUAGGUUGAGUUUGAAAGUAUCAGGCCUGCUUCUCCUUGAGAAUUUCAACUUGAGAAUAUUUGAUCACCUGUGUUGCCACAAGAACUUGGUGGCAUAGUGGUUCAGUGGUAUUCAUUUAUUAAUGCCAUGUCUAAAGAGUACUAACAUGGAAAGCAAAGUUCAGAUUAAAUUUUUGACCAUAUGCUUUGAACAGAAUAUGGUUUUUAGCAAAAAAAACUUUACAGAUCAUACCUUUAAAAUAAAUUUUGUGCAAAAUUUGUGAUCAGCAAUACUGUUGACUGUGAAAUUUCCUUUUAAUUUAACAAAAGUAAUCACUGAUAUUAAAUUGUAAUGUAAUCAAAAUCUACAGAAAGCAUUAACAGCAUCCAGUCAUCGGUAUUAUGUACCAUUUUAUAAAACACAUUAGCCAACUUGUGAUUUUGGCAAUUUAUGGGAAAGAAGAAAAAUAUUUUUUAAAAGAUGGCCUCCCAAAAUGUGGCAUGGAAAGAUGAUACCUUAUUUUUACUGACAAUAUAAUGCAAAAACAAUAUGGUUAUAUAGACCGAAUCCAUUAUUGUUGAAUCUUCUCAGGUGCAUUUUUUAAAUCUUUGGGUCAACUGCAUAGGGAAACAAUUACAGAUAAACUGCAGGUGAGCUGCCUUAAGUUUGCAAAUCUGUGGUUUGUGAAGGCUUUGUAUACAUUUUAUAAUAAUAAUAAUAAUACAUUUUAUUUAUAUAGGGCCUUUCCCAUGCUCAAGGCACUUACAAAAUAUAAUAAAGAACGGUAGCGCAUAAAGUAUAUAGCAUUGUAAUUAACCAGAUAAAUAAAUAAAGAAGAUUACGACAGUGAAUUCUGAAAAAAAAACAGACAACAUAAUUGCUGGUCUAGCAAACACACGCAGAUUACUUUAGCAUCUUGACAGAGAAGUAAACUGAGAGAAGGGUAAUAAAGUCAGGUAGAGCUAAAAGCCUUCCUUUGAGUUGUUUUUUAAAAGAAUUCAUGAAGUCAGCUGACCUGAUUAAUUUCGGUAGGUCAUUCCAGAGUCUGGGUGCUAUACAGCUGAAGGCCCUGUCACCCAUGGAGUGUAGAUUAGUGUGGGGCACAACAAGAUUGCCAGAAUCAGAAGAACUUAGUGGGCAGGCAGGCACAUAGUGAUGGAGAAGGUCACUGAUGUAGUUCGGCGCGAGGUUAUUUAAGGCUUUGUAGGUUUAAGAUUUUAUAUUCGAUUCUGUAAGACACAGGGAGCCAGUGAAGACGGAGCAGGAUGGGUGUGAUGUGCUCGCUGCUACUGGUUUGAGUAAGGACUCUUGCAGCUGAGUUUUGAAUAAGCUGGAGCUGUGAUAUAAGAUUAGAAGGGGCACCUGCCAGUAGGGAAUUACAAUAAUCGAUGCGGGAUGUAAUAAAAGCAUGGACAAGUUUCUCAGCAUUAGAGAAGGAGAGGAAGGAGCGAACAUGGGAUAUGUUACGGAGGUGAAAGUAAGAAAGUUUCUUAAUGUAAUUUAUGUGGGCGUGAUAAGAGAGGGAGGAAUCAAAAAUGACACCAAGAUUUUUUACAGUAGAGGCAGGUCUGAUGAGAUCACCACCAAGAUUGACUGGUAAGGAGCUCAUUUUAUUAAGUUGCACUUUAGUCCCAAUUUGCAGGAGUUCAGUGUUGUUGCAAUUUAAUUUUAAAGAGUUCUGCUCCAUCCAGGUUUUAAUUUCACUAAGGCAGGUUGUGAGCUGAGAAAUCUCUGAUGAAGUUCCACUUUUAACAUUGAAGCAGAGUUGAGUAUCAUCUGCAUAAAAAUGAUAACCCAGUCCAUAGCUAUGUAUAAUAUGGCCAAGGGGAAGCAUGUAAAUACUGUACAGAAAAGCAGAGGACCGAGGACACAGCCUUGAGGGACUCCUUGUGUGACCGGCGCUGUGCUGGAUCUGCUGUUGCCAAGACUAACAAACUCUUGCCUAUCAGUCAGAUAGGACUUGAACCACUGGAGGGCAGUGCCAGAGAUACCCAGCAUGUUCUCCAUUCUGGACAGUAGAAUGUCAUGUCUGACAGUGUCAAAUGCUGCACUGAGGUCUAACAGAAUUAAUAUGCUGGUUUGUCCAGAGUCUGCUGCCAUAAGCAAAUCAUUGGUUACCCAUAGCAGAGCAGUUUCACAGCUGUGCCGUGCCCUGAAACCAGACUGAAAGGGUUCCAUCAAAUUAUUAGAGGUUAGGUAAUUGGUGAGUUGGGAAUCUACAACACGCUCAAGAACUUUUGACAGGAAAGGUAAGUGGGAAAUAGGCCGGAAAUUGUUAAGAUUGUCAGCAUCAAGACCAGACUUUUUUAACAUUGGGAUUACAGAAGCAAUUUUAAAAGUGAGCGGCACAGAGCCAGUGUCAAGGGAUGAGUUUAUUAUUGUUGUAACAGUCGGGAUUAUGGCAUGAAGGCAGGAUUUAAGUAGUGUGGUGGGGAUGGGGUCCAGGACACAAGUAGUCGGCCUCAUCUUACAAAGCAGGUUAUUAACAAACGCAGAUGUGACUGGUGAGAACUUUUAAGAAAAAAAAAAAAAAAUUAUCCUGCUAUUUGUGCUAAACAAAAUGUCAUGUUAUUAAUAGAUACUUUAGAAGCAGAUAGGUGAUUUGAAAAUGUCCAGUACUACAAAAUUAAAACCACUUCCCAUUAACUAAAUAAUAAAAUAUAGCAACCAUUACAAUUUCUGAGUUGUAUUCUGCAAUAAAAUGACAGACGUGACUCUAUUCUGACAUCACCUCAAUAUUUAGAAAAUUCUACCAUUUAUUAUUUGCUUUUUUUCUUUUUAAAUUAAUGGUAUGCAUAUUUUCAUAUUGCCUGCCAUGACAAGAACAGAUUACAUUCCAACAACACUAAUAAUAAUUCUCAGACUGGUUAAACACAGGGACACAGAUGCAGCAAAAUAAAGUUAAAUGAGUGACAUGGCAAGAGGACUGCAGCCCUAGUCUUUGACUGUACUGCUAAAUGUUGAUUUCUUUUUUAAUUUUUAAUUCAAACUAUCUCUCAAAUGGGUUUACAAUAAAACUUGUUUUUAAAAGCCAC